UGCAAACCCAAGUGGCAUCCCUGCUCUUCUGCCCAGCUCCAUCUCGCCAUCUCCAUCAAGUUAAAUAUUUUCAAUGUCGGCAAACGCCGAUAAAGAGACGAAUUCAUCUUCAAAAAUGGCCGAAGAUCGCGAAGACGAGAAGACAACCAGCAGCCCCGCGAAGGAAGAUGGGGCCGCCGCCAAGGUAGAGGACACUAGCGCGACCGGUGAUGCCGCCGCCGCCGCUGAUAAAAAGAAGGAAGAUGUAGCUGCCGAGGCCACCGAGGAGGGCAACGGCGAGGCCAGCGGCAAGGAGAAGGCCGAUGAUGAGGACGGUGAAGAGGAAGGGGAGGAGGAGGAAGAGGACGAGAAAGCUGAUGAAAAGGCCAAGCCCAAAAAGGCCGUAGCCGCAGCUGAUCCCAAGUCCAAGUCUAAAGCUAAGAAAAAGGAUGAUGACGAAGAAGAUGAGGAGGAGGAUGAGGAACCGGAAGAUGAGCUUGGCGAAGAAGAAGAGGAUGAAGAUGAAGCCGAUGGCGAUGCCAAGCCGAAGGCUGCUGCCAAGAAGGAAGCUCCUGUGAAUGCAAAGGAGGGCAAGGAGAAGCCCAAACCGGAAGCCAAGGUGACCGCCAAGAACGGCGAAAAGAAACCGACGGCGGCCGCCAAGAAGCCGCUGGGAGCCAUUGCGUUGAUCGAUGCGAAUAUCGUCAAGACCAAGAUGGAUGCGCUGCAGACGUUGCACCUGAUCAUCUACGAGAAGGAAGGCAAGGCACCGGUCAUGAAGAAGAACCUGAAGAAGUUUGACGGGUUCGAGUUCGAAGCCGACUCGGACGAGUACAAGAAGCGUCUGGCGGCGGCCGAGAAAAUGGACGCAAAGAAGCUUGCUCAAACGGCGGAAAUUCUCGAGCUUGACAGCAAGGGCUCGAAGGAAGAGGUGGCCGAGCGGAUCUUCCAGUUUUUGCUGAAGCCGGACGGCGACGAAGAACUUCCGGAGGAGGAGGGUGAAGACGAGGAGGACGCCGAAGAGGAAGAGGACGCCAGCGAGGAGGAAACCAAGAAGCCAGCCAAGCGGGCAGCUCCGACACCGGCACGUGGUCGUGACUCGGGCAAAUCGAGCGGUGGCCGACCGAAGCGAUCGACCGCGGGACGGGGCUAUCAAGAUGAUUCCUUAUAUGUAGAUUACACCAGCUCCGAGGAGGAGGAGAAGGUCGUCAAGGUGGGGCGCCGCCGCAACGAGUCCGACAGCGGAUCCGACUACAACCCAUCGGGCGGUUCCGACUCGGACGCCGGCAAGCGACGAUCGGUGCGUGCUCCGCCUGCUCGAGGUAGCCGAGCCUCGGCCCGGAGAGGUCGCAAACAGUCCAGCGACGAGGAGUCCGAAGAUCCCAGCGACGAUGACUUCAGCGAUGAGCCCAAGAAGAAGAAGGCCAAACCGGCGGCACGGGGCCGUGGCCGUCCAGCGGCCAAGUCGGCCGGCAGGGGCCGGGGCCGCAAGCGAAAGCCGGAAACCGAAAGCGACGAGGAGGACGAAGAAGACGAGGAGGAGGAGUCCGAGCCCGAGAGCGAGGACAGCGAGCGACCCGCAAAGCGUGGCAAGGUGGCGGCGGCCAACACUAUCAAAUCGAAAAAUUCCUCCCCACCGGCCAAGGCCAAGGGCAAGCCGGGCAGGCGGCCAGCACCGGCCAAAAAGUCCCGACGUGACGAGUCCUCGGAAGAGGACGAAGACGAGGAGGAGCCCGAGCAGGACGAGAACGAGUCGGACGAGGGCGAGGAGGACGAGAAGCCACUGAAGAAGAGCGGCAAGGAGAAGGACGACAAAAAGGAGGAGAAGAAGGGCAGCAAGACCGAGAAGGACUCGAAGGCGCCUCCCAGUGAGAACGACAUCAAGGAGUUCCUUAAGGAAAUCCUCGAGGAAGCGAACCUGGAGGAGAUCACCAUGAAGACGGUGUGCAAGAAAGUCUACGCCAAGUAUCCGGACCACGAUCUAUCGCAUAAGAAAGAUUUCAUCAAGGCGACAGUCAAAUCUCUAAUAUCGACGUAAGGCAUCCGGCGUGCGAGAACUUUACGUUUGUGAAUUUUGAACUCUCGUUUUACCCCCGAAAAAAGAAACUCUACAACCUUACUAACAAGAACUUACAAGAACAAACAAACGCAAUGGCGAACGCGCCACGAGAGGGAUUGUAGUAGUCAAAUCAAAUCACAUUUAAAAAGGCAGAGAAAGUAUAAAGCUAUAAAUACCUAAAGGAGCAGGAAAAAAAAACUAAGCAGAAAACAGUUUUCAGCAAGAAAUAAAAAACAUAGAUUUUAAGCAGACAACAAACAGCAAACAAGAGCGAUUUAUCAGAAAAUUAACGAAGUGUUAGUGCAGCACACAACAAACAUUUACAUUCAAACAAAGCUAGGUGUCGUUUAUCAGCAAGCAAGAUAAUUGAAUUUACACACAAUUUAACACGAAGCGAAAACACUUAUUUGUAGUAGCAUAGCAGGUCGUUGACGGCAGUUCUCAGUUGUUUUAGAAUUGUACAAAACGAAAAAAAAGCAAAGUUUUCACAUUUUUGGCACAUUUGGCACACAAAAGUAUUUCCUUUCUCCGAUUUGUUUGAAUAUUGUUUUACAUUCUGUACCUUCGUUUUGUAGUUUUACAACAUAUGUAGACAAAGUAAACUUUUUCGUUUCCUUCCUCGCUAGUGGAACGAUUGUGUGAGUAGCAACUAAAUAAAAAAAAACGAUCACAAAUGAUUGAGAUAUUUUUCUGUAGUAGCAGUUUUUCAAAACAAAAAGUAAACGUUCAAACAAACGCACCCCUUUCUCCAUUUCCCCGAUUUCCUGCGCAAACUAUGGAUGUGUAUGUUUUUAAUUUCAAAUAACACACAAAUAAAACAGAUAGCAAAAUUUUUGGACUCAAAAUUCAAAACCGAAUUCGGCCUCGGAGCGAGCGCGAGCGGCGCACUUUUUCCUCCCAAAUUUGGAGGGACAAAAACAGAAAAAAAAACAAAACUUUCAGGCACGCGCGAAAACGCAAACAAAACAAAACAAGUGUAAAGCAGAGCGAAGUAAAAAAAGAAGAAACAACCCUAAGUCGUGUUAUUAUGACAGAGAAACAAAAAAAAUAAUAGUUCUUUUUUAUAUCGAGAAAUGGUAACUGUAGUAAUGGAAGUGAAUGCUAAUAAUUGCAGUGUUUAAUAUAAUUAUAAAUACAGAACAGGAAUGGCACGAAGAGAUAAAUCCAGAAAUAUUAUUCAGAUACAAAUAAACUAUGAUAACUAGGUGGACCCUUA